AUGGAGGUGUGUGUCAUUGCCAAGUGCACAUAUAAGUCGGAAACCAUGAUGUUUUCAGUUUCAUCAGAGUCAUCCAUGGUUGAUAUUUUGAAGACUUUGUGUCUAAGGUUUAAGGGUUUGCAGUUGGGUUGUUUUACGUUACGGUAUUCGCUGCCCAGUUAUCCGAGUUGUUUUCUAGAAACGGAUAGCGAUUUGGACAUGAUGAGGACAUUUUUGUUUGUAUCAAAUGAGAAGAGUGUUGAUAUUUUAGUGAAGGAUUUAUGCGGAAGCAGUGAAUAUAGUGGUGAUUUUUGUGUAAAUAAGGAGUUGAUUGCAUGUGAAAAGGGCGAGUCGUCGUGUUCUAGUACUGUCGAAGACAGAAAUGAAUUUUUGGGCAGGUCGAAGAGAGCAAGUGCUAAGCCUUUGUUGUCGAAUGAGUGGGAGACGUACAUACAUCAUGUAGGGCAGAAGUUUGACGGUGGUGCAGAGGAGUUCCGUUUGAAAUUGUGCAAGUACGCUCUUGAAGUAGGAUUUAAUUUUUUAUAUGCCGGCAAUGACAAGAAGCGGGUGGUUGCUAUUUGUUCGAAUAAGAAAUUGGAGGGUUGUAGCUGGCGUGUUUAUGCUUCUCGUUGUGAAGCUACUGGCUGUUUUGUAAUUCGGACAUUAAAUAAUGUGCAUACAUGUGUGGGUCGGAUACGGGAAUCAAAGAGUAAGAUGAUGAAGUCUCGUGUGGUGUCCUCCCUCAUUGUGGACAGAAUUCGUGCAAAACUAGUUGAGAUUAUACACGAGUUCAAAGAUUAUUAUGGUAUAGACAUUUCAUACUACCAUGCAUGGUUUGGCAAAGAGUUAGCUAAAUUGAACGUUCACGGUGAUGAGUCGAAGUCCUUCAACGAGUUAGUGUGGUAUGCGGACGCCGUAAAGGAAACUAACCCUGGUUCUCUCUGCACUCUUGAAUGUGAAGCUGGAAUUAAUCGCUUUAGACGAGCAAGUACAAGGGGCAGCUUCUCUGUGCUUCCGGAAAGAAUGGGAAAUCAAGGGUUUUAUCCUCUAGCUUUUGGAGUUGUUGAUUCUGAGACGGAGGAGAAUUGGACUUGGUUUCUUCAACAUUUGGCUUCUAUUUUGCUACCGAUGGGGAGAGUGGUGACCUUUUUCUCGGAUCGCAAUCAAGGUUUGUUAAAUGCAAUGGGGUUUGUGUUUCCUGGAUGGCCUCAUUCUUACUGUUACUAUCACCUCAAACAGAAUUUGAUAUCGAAGUACCCGAAGUCAGGUUAUGGGAAAUCGCUCCAAGACCGUGUUAUCAAUUUAUUUAGUAGGUGCGCAUAUGCUGUUACAGAGGAAGAGUUUACGGUAGCAAUGGAGGAGUUGGUGAUUGUUGGGAGUUCGAAAGUGAAGACAUUUAUAUCUGAUUUGUCUAGAGAUCACUAUGCGAACGCAUAUUUCAAAGGAAUGCGGUAUGGGGAGAUGGCAAAUAGUUUAGCGGAGUCAUUUAAUAAUUGGGUUGGUGUGUUUCGAGAUUUGCCGGUUCUACCUUUGAUAGAAGGGAUUUGA